UUUUUAAACCUAUAUUCCUGUUCUUUAUUCAGUAUCUAUAAUGGAUUCAUAUUUCUGUCUUGUUGCUGUCCUAACUGCCCCUCAAAAACAAAACACCAAAACCUAAUGUACCCAUUUCCAAAGCAAGCAUGAGGAUUGCGCUCAGUACUAACUCUGCAUGAAUGGAUAGUUGGCUUUCAUAUUUACAUGUAAUUGAUUAUGUGUCCCUUUUGGCUUUUAGAUUCUACUGAAAUGCAUCCUAACUUGAAGCCUGCCGUUGGAGUGAAAGAUUCUGUUCCUAAUAAAACAGGAGGAAUGAAGAAUUUACAAACAUUCAAAUCAGACUGGGAUUCUACUAGUUUGAGACCCAAUAAUGUGGCUGGUCAAAGAGCUGAGCAUUUGGAAGUCAAUAAAUGUCCGUCGGUAUCACAAUCAGUGACCACAGACCAGUCAGCACCCACAGAACUGAGGCAGAUGGCCCUAGUAGAUAAAGACCAGAUGAAAAUUGGAGCCGUGUCUCUGUCAGAAAAUGCAGCGCUCCAUGGCCUGCGUGAAUCACAGCUGCCAGAGAACAAAAGCAGCAAAGAAGGUAAUAAAGCAGCACAGAGAGUUAGCCGUAGUCCACCUGUGCGUGGCUUCGCCAUACUCUGACUUUGCAGAAAUCACUUUGUGGCAGGAUCUCCUUUGUGUUUACUCCUUUUAUGCAACCUAGAACCAGACAAUGCCUUUUGG